AUUUCUUGUUGACCAGCUGUGCUCUCACCAGCUCUGAACAACGUUCGACGACAUGGCUCUUCCUCCGUCUCUGCGAACAUCGAUUAGCCCGCCGGAGCUCGAGCUGGUCGCCUCGGAACAGCUCGUGGAGAUCGUGCCUCUCGUAUCCAUGGAACGCACCGCGUUUAUCUCCGGCGCGUACGGUCCCCUGCGGCCACCCACUAAGUGCAAGGUCCCACUCUGGAUGGCAUCGAACUUGAAGCUCAAGAAGAAGUGCCAUAUUGUCCCCCCUUCAUGGCUCAAUGUCGACUUCCUGCAGGAGCGUUUGCUGCAGGAGACAACCGAUCCAAGUUUCAGCGAGAUGCCUUUCCGCUUCGCGGAAAUCGCAAAAAUUCUGCUUGACGUAGCGCCAGACGACCUGCAAAAUCCGGACAGGGUCCGCGGCUUGCUUAAAGAUAUUCGUGAGGCGCGACAAGCCAAGAGUCGAGAAGGUCUCUCAAAACUCGACCACAACGAGCUCAUGCUGCCCAACCUAUGUGCGAUGGAGAUCAACGAGAUCCGGCCAUUCUUCGUGCGAGGGAUGGCUGUCCUCACUCAGCUCACGCGCGAACCUCCGCAAGGCGACGGCAUGGACCAAGGAUAGGACCUGCGCCCCGCGUAGUCAGUAUCGGAGGUAUACCCGCUGUACAUUAUCUGUAGCGC